CCCUACCCACGCCCUCCCCGCCAGAGAGAGCCACGGGACAUUGUAUGUUUGUUUUUCUGCUCGGGGGGCGUGUGGCUUUUUUCCUUUCUCGCCCGCAGAAAGCGAGCGAGCGUUUUCGAGUGCGAGCGGCGCCACUUGCCCCAGUUUUCAUGCGAGGUUUUGGGUCAUGAUCACAUCGCCCUCGCUUUCUGCUAUAAGAAGUAGUAAGCGCAGCAGCAGCCUCAGCGAGCCCGGAGGCAGCCCCCGCCGCAGCCGCAGCGCCGCCGACCUCGCCGGGCCGAACGGGCACGCUGGGAAUAACGGCAGCAGCGCCGCCGCCAAGCCCUGCUUCCACGCCGUCCCCCCCUCGGACCCGCUACGCCAAGCCAACCGCCUUCCCAUCAAAGUCUUGAAAAUGCUCACGGCGCGGACUGGACACAUUCUACACCCUGAAUACCUGCAGCCUUUACCCUCCACGCCCGUCAGCCCCAUCGAGCUGGAUGCAAAGAAGAGCCCCCUGGCCCUUUUGGCACAAACUUGCUCGCAGAUAGGGAAGCCUGACCCGUCCCCUUCCUCCAAACUCUCCUCGGUCACCUCCAAUGGCUCCGGAGGGGACAAGGACUCCAAGUCGGGCCCCUUGAAGCUCAGCGACAUCGGCGUGGAGGACAAAUCGAGCUUCAAGCCGUACUCCAAGCCGGGCGCGGAGAAGAAGGAGCCGGGGGCGGCGGGCUGCGCGGGCGCCCCCGCCGCGGGGGUCGCGGCCGGGGAGAAGUCGGGAUUCCGGGUGCCGAGCGCCACCUGCCAGCCGUUCACCCCAAGGACAGGCAGCCCCAACUCCAGCGCCUCCGCCUGCUCGCCCGGGCUGCUGCCGGCCGAGGGAAAAGGCGGGGAGGACAAGAAGGACUCGGAGGGCUGCGGAAAGAGCGGCAGCUCCGGCUCGGAGGGAGGCCCGGGCACCACCAGCAUCAGCCACAGCCGGAUUAGCGUGAGCUGUGCCGGGAUUAACGUGGAGGUCAACCAGCACCAGGAGAGUACGCCGGGCUCCAAGCCCAUCGCAUCGGACUCCGCCUCCUCCUGCAGCAGCACCACCGCCACCUCCUCCACCUCCGUUCUGGGCUCCGGCCUCGUGGCCCCCGUCUCCCCUUACAAGCCGGGCCAGACCGUUUUCCCCCUGCCCCCGGCGGGCAUGAGCUACCCGGGGACGCUGGCUGGAGCCUACGCCGGCUACCCGCCACAGUUCCUGCCGCACGGAGUGGCUCUGGACCCCACCAAAUCCUCCAGCCUGGUGGGGGCCCAGCUGGCCGCUGCCAGCAGCCUGGGCUGCAGCAAGCCGGCGGGGUCGAGCCCGCUGGCGGGCGCGUCGCCGCCGUCGGUGAUGACGGCGAGCCUGUGCCGAGACCCCUACUGCCUGAGCUACCACUGCGCCAGCCACCUGGCAGGCGCCGCCGGAGCCUCCUGCGCCCACGACCAAGCCCUCAAGUCCGGAUACCCCCUCGUCUACCCCACCCACCCUUUGCACAGCGUCCACUCCUCGCUGACCGGCGCCACGCCGCCUUCGCUAGCCGGCCACCCUUUGUACCCCUACGGCUUCAUGCUGCCCAAUGACCCCCAGCCACAUAUCUGCAACUGGGUGUCGGCCAACGGACCCUGCGACAAGCGCUUUGCCACCUCGGAGGAGCUGCUUAGCCACUUGCGGACCCAUACUGCCUUCCCGGGCACCGAUAAACUGCUCUCCAGCUACCCCAGCUCCUCGUCGCUGGCCAGCGCAGCGGCUGCAGCCAUGGCGUGCCACAUGCACAUCCCCACGACGGGCGCCCCGGGCAGCCCGGGCACGCUGGCCUUGCGCAGCCCGCACCACGCGCUGGGACUCGGCAGCCGCUACCACCCCUACUCCAAGAGCCCCCUGCCCACCCCCGGGGCCCCCGUGCCCGUGCCCGCUGCCACCGGACCCUACUACUCCCCUUACGCACUCUAUGGGCAGAGACUCACCACAGCCUCGGCCCUGGGGUACCAGUGAGUGCAGGCAGCGGGGCUCUGACACACAACACAAAGUCUAGCGGUAAGGGAAGGAAGCCCUGCGAAACUUUAUAAAAGUUGGGAAAAAAAAAUCUGACUUUUUAUAAAAUAGUGUUCAUUUGAGGACUGGAUCCAUGAGCACUGUAUUUAUUUAUGUUAGCUUCAAGCGGGACAACGAAUCAUAAAGUGCAUUACUAAACUGAGCUCAAUAGGUAAAAGUGGAACACCCAUUGUAGAAUAUAAAUAAAAAAGAUAGAGGUCUUCUCUUUAAUGUUACUUUAAAAUUGCUAUGAUUGUAUUGUACGUUCUUAUUUAAUGUCUCAUUGAAACAAAAAAAUUUACAUGCAUGUUUGUUACUAAAAAACAACUCGCAAUUUGUCAGUUAUAAUUUCAAAUUGCAAUUAUUUUUAAGGUGUAUACCCUUGAAAGAGAAUUGGUAUUUUUUUGUAUGUAUUCUGGAAGAAAAAACAAAAACAAUUCUAUUCCAAAAACCUCAUUUGCCUUAUUUUGUUCUUUAAAAGGAACACUUAACUAUUUUUAAUUUUUAAGUCCACCCUGUAAAAAGGGUUAAGUAAGGUUUACGUCAUGUACUAAAAUAGACAAUGUAUCGCUUUAAAGAUUAAAAUUCCGUAUAUUUGAUGUAUUAAAAGGUUUUACUUUUUUUUUUUUUAAAUACGCUUUGAUUCUGUUACAAAACCCGAGUAGG